GUCUUAGCUCUCAUUUAUGUACUCGCCGCGCUUAAUGGUGUAUAAACUCGAUUUUCUCCUCCGUGGGGGUUUUUUCCAGUCUUCGCGAUCGCUUUUAGAAAAUUACAAAGGUAUCUUCGCACGUCAUCUGGCCGGCUUGUGUUGAACGGAUCCCACACCCACGUCGAGAUGAAGUGUCCUUCGGUGAUCCUGCUGCUGUUCACUUUUUUCGGCCAGUGCAUCGUUUGCUCUUGGCAGGUGCAGAGUAAAAAUAAAUCCCCAUCAAUCACAACAAUUCACACACUCCAUCAAAUGAAUCAAAGAAUACUCGCAGAACUCAAUAAAAGAUUAAUCUCCUCAGUUCGAUGUCCUAUGAUGCGACUGAAUAAUGGCAAGAUUCGUGUUCGGGCUCGAGGUCGAAUUGUAAGAUUCAACUGCCUCGACGGAUUCACUCUCGUUGGCAACAAGUAUUCUACGUGCAUUCGCGGUCAAUGGGACACACCUACUCCCGUGUGUGUGAUUCAAGACGCGAAAGCACUCGCUCCCACGAAAUGCGAUUUCGAGAGUACGGAUCUCUGCUGGUGGGAGCAGGACCCGCAGCACGAUUUCGACUGGAAGCGCCAUAAUUUCGAGACACCGAGUUUGCACAUCGGUACCGGUCCUACGCACGACCAUACUCUGGGAGCCGGAAAUGACGGCCAUUAUCUUUAUAUCGAGGCAUCCGGUCGAUUGGUGAACGAUACGGCAAGAAUUAUAUCCCCUCUGUACAAUUCAUCAUUGACUGAAUCGGGCUGUUUCUCGUUCUGGUAUCACAUGUAUGGUGCCACAAUCGGAUCACUGAACAUUUAUUUCAAGCAAGAGGAUUCUGCGUCGCGAUUGAUGUUUACCAAAAGCGGAAAUCAAGGGAAUCAGUGGUUCCAUGGUAUCUUUGACUUGCCGAAAACUAAUAUCAGCUUCCAGCUUGUUAUAGAAGGAGUGAGAGGUAGCAGUUACGUGAGCGAUAUCGCGAUAGACGAUAUUGCGAUUUUACAGGGGGACGAGUGCAUCGUUAAGAAUGAAUCUACCAGCGUAACUGUAGGCGAUGACGAUCAAGUCGAAAUAGUCAACGCGCAACAAACCUGCCGGGACAGAUGCGUUUUUUCGUCGACAAUCUCGACGACGACCCUUUCCUCCGACGCAUUAUCUCAUGGUUCAUUUGGACCAGAAAGCUGCCUCUGUACGAUUGAUUGUGCGGAACGCUCUAUAUGUUGCCCGGAUUACGCUGAAUACUGCAUACUAGGGUACAGCACCGCUGUGACAGUGGCCGACGAGGUCACGAGAUCAUCGGAUAAUCGAACCACCGCGAUUUCACCGGUGAAGAAUUCCACUCUGACAGGAUUUCCUAUAAAUCCGAAAGACGACAUCGACCCGGGUAUAUUUAACUCGUCGACGACGUCGUCGACUACGCAAAGACCCAUCGUGACCACGAAGACAACGGUCAAGGCUCAAACCAAGAGCCCGUCACGGACAACUACAUCUGCCAAGUCAACGCGACAGGCAGAGACAAAGGAGACGCCUUUCGAACCCAAGACAACUGUCGCAACAAAAUACAUAGAACCUCAGGAUCGAUCUGACCUGCAUGAAGAGCAAAAUCCGGAGAGGAAGAAACGCGGAGGCAUCGAGAUCUCGGAGACUGUCAUCGCGAUCGGCGCGACUUUGACCGUCCUUUCCGUGGCCCUCGUCAUCACGAUCAUGGUUAUUAGGAGGAGAAAAACUUACAAGAGAGGAACGAGCAGCUCGGCGCUCUCGGAGGACAGCGACGUUCGUUUUUUAACGUCGGACGAAAUCCUCGAUUUCAAUCUAGCCCGACCUACCGAUAACGACGAAAUGUAGCACCACAUUAUCGAAAUUCCUUCUUUAAACGGUCUGGAAUUAAAAUUAAAUUGAUUCUCGGGUUAAGUAAUUAAUCGAUGAACGAGGAGAAUUUUGUGGAUAGAAAAUUAUUAAAGUAACCUGCACCUUCAUUGAUCUAAUUCUUAUUAUUAUUCGGAUAAAUUUUGAGGAAACAAAAGUUAUGAUAAAAUCUUCUGUAUUAAUAUGAAAUAUUAUUGUUAAUACAUCGUUGAAGAAGAUCCUCCGGAAAUCCACAAUACAAUAUUGACAUUUACAAUUUUAGUA